CAAGUCAAGCCUUCGUUUCUAACUAAACCCUUCCCUUCCUCCUCCGAUCAAAAAAAACCCUAAUUUUUCGAAUUAGCGGCAGAGUACGAUGAUGCCCUCCUCGAAAGCCGUCGUUUUUGCUAGUCAGAUGGCGAAGAAGAUUCGUGUUACGAUGUCCGCAACACGCUUUUUGUCAAAUGGUCAAGAACAGGAGCAGCAGAACCCCCCAGAGCCUUUACCCAACAGACCCUUGCGAGGGGAGAGAUCCUCCACCAACUCUCAUAGAGAUCCUCCACCCGCCAGACAAGCCCACAACAACCUUGGAAAGAGUGAUAAUAAUACUCUGUCUGACCAUGGCUUCCUCGAGCAGUUCAAACUCGGAGUCAAUCAGGAACCCCCCAAAACGGAACAAAACCCCCAGGAAGAAACAAGCCUGCCUGAAGAUUCCGAUGAGAUCUUCCAGAAGAUGAAGGAAGGAGGUCUCAUUCCUAACGCCGUCGCCAUGCUUGACGGCCUCUGCAAAGAUGGGCUUGUACAGGAGGCCAUGAAGCUUUUCGGGUUGAUGCGUGACAAGGGUACAAUCCCUGAGGUCGUUAUCUACACUGCUGUCGUCGAGGGCUUUUGCAAGGCUCAUAAAAUUGAGGACGCUAAGAGGAUNAGAGAGGAAUUUACCUUGGCUAACUCAAGGUAG